ACUACUACAUUCCACUUCUAUUUUGCUCAAAGGGUUUCAUGCACUCAAUUCCUGCUUAAUAUGAUCUCUUUCCCAUGAAAUCCACGCAAAUGGGCGCCCUCCGCUUUUCUCAUCUGCUUAUCUUGCUACUCUUUCUCGGUUCCCAGUUAGCAUUUUCCUGGAAAAAAGAUGAAUUUCGUAACUGCAACCAGACACCCUUCUGCAAACGCGCACGAUCCCGUAAGCCUGGAUCCUGCAAUCUAACUGCUCAGGAUGUCACCAUUUCGGAUGGUGCCCUCACUGCUAAGCUCCUUCCAGCAACACCUUCGCACGAUGAAGAUGAUCAAAUCAAGCCUUUGCUUUUCACUCUGACGGUUUACCAAGGUGGAGUCCUGCGACUCCAAAUCGACGAGGACCAUUCCCUUAACCCGCCCAAGAAGCGAUUUCAAGUCCCUGAUGUUGUCGUUCCUGAAUUUGAAGAGAAGAAGCUUUGGUUGAACAGGGUUUCGACGGAGACGAUCGAGGGCGAUACGAUGCCGUCUUCAAUCGUCUACUUAUCAGACGGAUUCGAGGCAGUGAUCCGGCAUGAUCCCUUUGAGGUCUUCGUGCGUGAGAAAUCAGGUAAUCGUCGCCGUUUAGUAUCUUUAAAUUCGCAUGGGUUGUUUGAUUUUGAGCAACUGAGACAGAAAAAGGACGGAGAAGAUUGGGAAGAGAGAUUUAGGAGCCAUACUGAUAUGAGGCCGUAUGGUUCUCAAUCGAUUAGCUUCGAUGUGUCAUUUUAUGAGUCUGAUUUUGUUUAUGGCAUACCUGAACGUGCCACUAGUUUUGCUCUGCAACCCACUCGUGGUCCUGGGAUUGAGGAAUCUGAACCUUAUAGGCUGUUUAAUUUGGAUGUUUUCGAGUACCUUCAUGAGUCGCCCUUUGGGCUUUAUGGUUCAAUUCCAUUCAUGGUAUCACACGGGAAAUCUGGAAGAACUUCUGGUUUCUUUUGGUUGAAUUCUGCGGAAAUGCAGAUUGACGUCAUGGGUAAUGGCUGGGAUGCAGAGGGUAGUAUUUCGUUGCCUUCAAGCCAAAGUAGGAUUGACACCCUUUGGAUGAGUGAGGCAGGAAUUGUGGAUACCUUCUUUUUCGUGGGUCCUGGUCCAAAGGACGUUGUGAAGCAGUACACUAGCGUCACAGGUACUCAAGCUAUGCCGCAGUUGUUUGCAACGGCAUAUCACCAAUGUAGGUGGAAUUAUAGGGAUGAGGAGGAUGUUGAGAAUGUGGACUCUAAGUUUGACGAGCAUGAUAUUCCAUAUGAUGUUUUGUGGCUUGACAUCGAGCAUACUGAUGGGAAGAAGUACUUUACCUGGGAUAAGCUGUUAUUCCCUCAUCCUGAAGAGAUGCAGAAGAAGCUUUCUUCUAAGGGCAGACACAUGGUGACCAUAGUGGAUCCUCAUAUUAAGCGGGAUGAUUCAUUCCCAUUGCACAAAGAGGCUACCCAGAAAGGUUAUUAUGUUAAGGAUGCAUCUGGAAAAGAUUUUGAUGGUUGGUGCUGGCCUGGGUCGUCAUCCUAUCCUGAUACAUUGAAUCCAGAGAUUAGAUCUUGGUGGAGUGAGAAAUUUUCAUAUGAGAAUUAUGUUGGUUCUACUCCAUCUUUGUACAUUUGGAAUGACAUGAAUGAACCUUCUGUCUUCAAUGGACCAGAGGUGACAAUGCCAAGAGAUGCUUUACAUAUUGGAGGUGUAGAACACAGAGAGUUGCAUAAUGCCUAUGGAUAUUACUUCCACAUGGCAACAUCUGAUGGGCUUCUAAAACGUGGAGAUGGAAAAGAUAGGCCUUUUGUUUUGUCAAGAGCAGCUUUUGCUGGAACUCAAAGGUUUGGAGCAAUAUGGACAGGAGAUAAUACAGCAGAGUGGGAUCACCUUAGGGUUUCUGUUCCAAUGGUUUUGUCACUUAGUCUUUCUGGAAUUGCAUUCUCUGGUGCUGAUGUUGGUGGGUUUUUCGGCAAUCCUGAUACUGAGUUACUAGUUCGAUGGUAUCAGCUAGGUGCUUAUUAUCCUUUCUUUAGGGCUCAUGCCCAUCAUGACUCUAAACGACGAGAACCUUGGUUAUUUGGAGAACAGAAUACAAAACUUAUACGGGAGGCCAUACAUAUCCGUUACAUGUUACUGCCGUAUUUCUAUACUUUGUUCAGAGAGGCAAACACAACUGGUGUUCCUGUUGCUCGUCCACUAUGGAUGGAGUUCCCAUCCGAUGAAGCUACUUUUAAAAAUGAUGAAGCAUUUAUGGUUGGAAACAGUAUUUUGGUGCAAGGAAUUUACAAUGAGAGAGCUAAACAUGUAUCAGUCUACUUGCCUGGAAAAGAGUUAUGGUAUGACAUGAGAACUGGAACUGCAUAUAGGGGAGGGGUGACACAUAAGCUGGAUGUUUCAGAAGAAAGUAUACCUGCGUUUCAGAGAGCGGGAACAAUCAUACCCAGGAAAGAUCGGCUUCGCCGAAGCUCCACACAGAUGGUGAAUGAUCCUUAUACUCUGGUGAUAGCUCUGAACAGUUCCCAGGCAGCUGAAGGUGAACUUUACAUUGAUGAUGGAAAAAGCUUUGACUUCAAAGAAGGAGCUUACAUCCAUCGGCAAUUUGUUUUCUCAAAUGGCGUCCUUAAAUCUUCAAACUUGGCGACAACUGGAAAAUCCCAGUUUUCUUCCGAGUGCAUUGUCGAGAGGAUCAUUUUGCUCGGAGGUGGUUCUAGAGCCAAAAGUGCUCAUGUUGAGCCUGGAAAUCGAAAGAUUGAAAUUGAACUAGGGCCUCUCUGGCUUGGCAGCCGUAGCCCAGCUGUAGUAACCAUCCGUAAGCCUGGCGUCCGAAUAGGAGAUGAUUGGACAAUAAAAAUUUUGUGAGUACCACUUAGAUUUUUCAAUUAUCUGCUGUCACUUGCAGGAUCUUGUUUCUAAUUUCCUGAAUGGUAGUAUUCUUAAUUUUACACUGGAGAAAUCGAUGAUCAAAUUGUACUUGUACAAACUAUAUUAGAACACCACAUUUAGAUUGCCUGCACUGACUUUUUAGCUGUCUUAAAACUUUUUAUUCUGUUGCAAUUCUCCCUAUAGAAAAUUGAAACCUUGACCUUUGACCUC